AUGGCCAACAAGCUGCAAUCCAUUGCUCUUCGUGGCGCCCUUUUGGCCGCCUACCCCUGGACAGUAGCCCCGCUCAUUGUCAGCGCGCCGAUGCGGGUCAUGUCCGGGCCGGAUCUUGCUGUGGCCGUGUCCCGAGCCGGCGGACUCGGCUUUAUUGGCCCGGGAGCUAAACCAGAGGACACGGCGGCGGACCUGGAAACAGCGAGAAAACUCUUGGCCGCGUUUGAGCCUUUUACUGCCACGCAGGCGUCUGUCUUGCCGAUAGGAAUCGGCUUCCAGGUCUGGAACGGGAACCUGGAUGUUGCUGCAUCGACCGUGGCUCAGUACAAACCUGCUGCCGUAUGGCUCUUUGCACCACGAAAUGGCCAGGCUGAUAUUGACAAUUGGACAAAACGACUCCGUGGGGUUUCUCCAAGCUCCAAGAUCUGGCUUCAGAUUGGCACCUUGAAAGAGGCACUAGACGCUGUGCGCAGCGCAACCCCUCCUGAUGUCCUCGUUGUUCAGGGUGCCGAAGCUGGUGGGCAUGGUCGUGCCAAAGAUGCCAUUGGCUUCAUCACACUCCUGCCCGAAAUUGCCGACGCCACGAAAGAUUCGGGCAUUCCCCUCAUCGCAGCGGGCGGUAUCGCUGACGGUAGAGGUGUAGUGGCGGCUCUGGGGGCCGGCGCAGCUGGUGUAGCGAUGGGAACGAGAUUCCUAGCUUGCAAUGAGGCACGCAUCAAAAAGGGGUAUCAGGAUGAAGUGGUAAGGGCAACAGACGGCGGGGCCAACACGGUGCGGACGCAUUUGUACAACCACCUACGCGGCACUUUUGGAUGGCCGGAGCAGUGGAGUCCACGAACCAUCAUCAACCGCAGUUGGCUGGAACAGCAGGCAGGAAUGCCGUUUGAAGAGAUCAAAAAGCACCAUGACGAGGCAGUCAGCAAGGGAGAUGCCGUGUGGGGACCGGAUGGUUGGACAGCGACAUAUGCUAGUGCCAGCAUCGGGCUAAUCAGGAGUGUUGAGGCUGCAGGGACGAUUGUUGAGAAUGUCAGGAAAGAAGCAUCCGAAAUUGUCCAAAUGUUACAUGUUUUAUUCCGCUAG